AAGAAGAAGAAUGAAAGUGAUGAUUGCAAUGAUAAUGUUGCUGAGAAUGUUGCAGAUUCUGGUAAUGGUGAUUCUCAGGUUAAAGGAUCAGAAGUUAAUGUUAAGACGGAAGGCAAGGACUCUGAUGAAGCUAAAUCUCAACAUGGGGGCAGUAAGACAGAAAAAGUCGCCUCUAAGACCAAAACAAAAGGCCAUUUCUGCCCUAUCUGCGUUGGCAGGCGCUUCAGAGGGCCAAACAAACUUGCCAGACACAUGCGGACACACACAAAGGAGAAACCGUUCACCUGCCCGGUCUGUGCUUUGACCUUCAGCCAGUCCUACCACAUGACCCGACACCUGAGGAACCAGCACGACUUGGGCCAGUACAUCUGCUCUAAAUGUGGGGAAAAUUUAAGUAGCUGGCUGGAACUGAAAGCUCACAAGAAGACUCAUGCAGUUGAAGGCCUGACAUGUCUUGCAUGUGAUAAACAGUUCAAAGAGAAGGCUGCACUUUUGAGUCAUCUCAAAUUACACAAGAAGGUCCAGUCCAGUCCCCGAAGCCUCAUAUGCGGCGAUUGCGGAAAAGUAUUUGGUCGAAUGUAUCAUUUGAAAAGGCACAUAGUGACCCAUCGCAAAGCAACCAACGGCGAGUUUUACACAUGCCCUGAUUGUCAGAAGAACUUUGCCUUCCCGGAAGACCUCAACAAACACCUAGAGAUUCAUGUAAAGGAAAACAAUGGCACUUGUCCGAAAUGUAACGAAACCUUCAACAGUCCAGAAGAACUGGAGACGCACAUGGGGGUUCAUGAAAAGUCUUACACCUGCAACACCUGUGGGAAGAAGUUUAAGGUCGAGUACGCACUGAAGAAGCAUGAGCAAAGCCACCAAAACGAACAGUAUUAUUGUUCGUUGUGCCGCAAGCGCUUCAUCAAGCUGUCUCACUACAAGAGGCACAUAAUGGUCCACGACAGGCGGGAAUCUAGAUGUCCUCACUGUGACAGCGUCUUUUUACAGUUAACAGCUUUGAAAUAUCACCUGCGGACUCAUACUGAAGAAAGACCCUAUCAGUGCACCUGCUGUAUUGAGACCUUUGAGGAAAAGGAAGAUCUGGAGCAACACUGUCUCAAACACAGGAAAUUCAAAAAGGAGAGGCCGUACUCAUGCACUCGGUGUGAUUACGCGUUCCCCACACUGAUGGAGCUGACAGAACACAUGAGCUCACACGAGGGAGAGCAGCCGUUGAACUGCCCCGUCUGCGGCAGGACUUUCCUGAACAAGAACAAGCUGGAGAAGCACCUGAGCAUCCACACGGGGGAGAGACCGCACCUCUGCUCCAUCUGUGGCAAUGGCUUCCCCUCCGCCGCCAGCCUGAAGUUACACAUCCACAUCCACACCGGGGAGAAACCCUUCCAGUGUUCGCAGUGCAGCAAGAGCUUCAGGUCGUCCAGUGGGCUGCGGCUGCACAGCAGACAGCACAUGGAGGUGCGACCCAGCUACGAGUGUCCCGAGUGCGGCAGGACUUACGGUCGCAUGACGGAGCUGAAGAUGCACCAGCGGUAUCACACGGGGGACAAACCGUACACAUGCACCUGCUGCAACAAACGCUUUAUUAGCAAAGACAAACUAAAUGUCCACAUGAGGAUACACACAGGGGAGAGGCCAUAUUCCUGCCCCCACUGUGGACAGACAUUUACACAGACCGGGGACAGAAAUAGACACAUCAGUAAAUACCACUAGAUGGAUACUGUAGUAACACAACUCCAGUGAAGCUUUGGUUUUGAAUGAUCGUACAUGUGGUUUUGCAUGUUUGUACAGGUGGGUACAGGUUUUGUCAUUAUUUUGAGAAAGAAUAAGAAACCAAAAUAUGCUCAAAGCUUAGCUUAAGUAGAUUUAAGCUGCUAUGAACACUAGAGUGUCAAAACCGAUGAGCUUUUGUGAUUGAUUUUUGGUUAAAUAAAUAAGAAUAUUAUUUAUAUUCUUAUUUCUGUUACAGAAAAGAACAGAAUCCAAAACAACACUAUACAGUAUGACCUUAAAAUGAUCAGUCAAAUAGCGUUCAUUUAACUCCUUGCUGACACAGUCUAAAAAAAUAAAUAAAGCACUGCAAGUUUUACAAAGACUCCUUAUUACUCAGGCUGGGGGAUCAUUUAUUAACCAGUGCCUAAAUUAUGCUUUUCAGUACCGUACUUUAAGGGAUAAUAACAUGUAUUUCUAUAAAAGCUUUUGUUUAACAAGCCAAAUGUGAAAUGUCUAAACACAGGUUUGGUAUUGAUUGAUUAUAAAUCAAAAUCUGUCUGGUCAAAAAGUGAGUUAAGAGGAAGACUAGUCUGCCCAAGCUUUCUGUACUUUUUUUUUUUUUGAUCCUAGAUAAGUGAGACACAUUUUGGUCGAAGUAAACAAAGUAUUGGACGAGAGUGUUAUUUGAAUGUACGGGGGUUUCUGUUUUUUUUGGUCACUGUUUAAAUUACUGAUGUAAGCAAAGCACUAACAGAAUGGCAUUUACAUUUGGAUUUUUUGCCGGCAAACUUUUACUGAACGGAUACGGGGCAGAAACAUGCAAAACCAUUCUACCAGCGACAAAAAUGGCUUCCCUGUGCAGUGUAAGCAUUCGUUGACUGUCUCUGCUGAGCUGUUUCCAGCAAGCUUCAAGUCUGGACUCUCUCCGACAUCACUACAUCACCACUUAAUAGAAAAAGCUCUGCAUGAGGGUUUGAUCCUUGUAGCUCAUCCCUCCCACCCCCGUGCCUGACGCCCACUUUCUCAUUCAAGCAUCCCGAUCUUACCAACAAACUGACACACUAGUAACAGGUAUGUGAAUCUGUGACAUCUGGUCCCUCCAAGGUCUGCAGCUACAAUCAUAGGUUGGUCUCUCACACACACACACACACACACACACCUCACUCACCUAAAUCUGCUGUCAAACUGGAUACAAUCUGGAAACAAUCGUGGUCACUCAAAUGGACACAAAUGACACUAAAAAGAUUUCAGAUUUCUUGUUUUGUUGCCCUCCUUACUAUCUGUAUGUGUUGUCGUAAUAUUAUGUUUGUUUCUUUUCACUUUUUUAUAACUUUUUGUUUAGGCUUCUCUGUAACGAACCAUUUUAACUGUGUUUAGAAAAGUGCCAUCAAAAUAAAACUGAUUCACUGUACUAGUACAUGUAAGGAGGUUUCUGAACAAUGUUUGUCAAAGGUAAACACGCUUAGACACAAAAGUAAUGAAUUAGAAAAAUGCCCCUCAGAUCAGAAACCUAACACAUGCUCAACACAUGAGCUAUUACUGUUUGAUCCUGCAUGUUACUAAUACAACCUGUAGGUACAGUAAAGUGCAUCAUUGCAUUUACCUUCAGUUGAUCAAUCAGGUGUCAGUAGAAUUAAGUGAAUCUCUCUCCAUAUAAACCACCAUAUACUUUGUUACGUAUUUUAUCACUUGUUAAUUACUCAAAGGUAUGUCUGUAGUUAAAUGAUUUGACUCUAAAUGGUCUUGUGUUGAAGUAUGUUGCUGCUGAGGAGGCUGUUUCACGAUGAAGCAGGAUUAAAUCCAAUCAGUCAA